AAUCGAGUAGGAAAGCCUUUGGAAUGCGUUAGCACCACAUAAGCCGUUUGUGACCCUCACCUGAAUGUGGUCCUGUGAGGUACUCCCCUGAGAAUGGCAAAAGAAGCUCCGAUACUAGGGAAGAAGGGCAUUUCGGAAGCCCAAAAGAGAACGAAUAAUGUGCGGGCUAUUUUGACAAUCAUAUUGAUGGUCACUUUCUUUGGAUCCAUGAUCGCCUCAGUGACAAGUAUUGCGGAUUUCCUGGAGCACCAUCCUGAACUGCGAUUCCUCUUCCCACUCCUGGGGGCAGGCUCGGUGCUCUUGAUCAUCCCUCUGGGUGUCUAUCUGACAAACCAGGGAGAUUUCCCAGACGUCAAUCCUAUUAUACCUUCCCAUUACUUUCGUCUGGCAAGAAGAUGUUUUGUGGCCAUGGUGGAGAAUGAUGGAAAGGUCUCUGGCAAGGAUCUUUGAUAUUCACCAGUAAGCUGGCAAGCGCAUGGGAUGCGAGAAAAGUAUCUCCAGACUUGGGGCUUCUGAAAUGGUUCUGUAGUUUUAUGGAGACACCUCAAUUUUAUUGUGCACCAUGCGGCAGUGUCCAGGAGGGGCACACACUAGCCCAGGCAAUCUUUGACGUGUCAUUCCUGGGGGUCUUGUACCUUCAUAUACUGUACAGCAUUUGGCCGUAAAAUUGCAACAGACUCCCUGAUGGCAUGCCAGCGCUGCUCUCUUCUGGCAGAAGGCAUUAUAUGGUACUCACUCACAGUGAGUGAGGCGGUUGAGAUAUCUCAUCUUUGGGCACACCAUUCCCAUGACUGUGGAGUCCUGGAGAUCAGCUGGAGUUUUGAUAGUCCUGUCUAGACAGAUCUGUGAAUGCACGCGCAAGCCAGCGUGCUGAGCUGUUUAAGCUGCAAGAUGGUAUUGUAGUGUAAGUGUCUUACUUGAUGGCAAAUGCAACCGCAGUAAGUGACUUUGAGUUGCGAGGCCUCAUGUUUUGAUCACUGGCAGUGCAUGCAUCAUGAUGUGUGUCUUUAUUUUGACGACAACGUUGUUUACAUCAGUAAGUUCUUGGCCAUG